ACAUGGCGGACAGUCGGUGCCCGACCAAUUUUGAAAACUAAAAUUAUUCUGUUUCUCGGUUAAAUUCGAAGAAACAUUUUCUAAACACAAUGGAUACAAACAUUAGAACGUUGCUUACAAAAGCACAGUCACUAAUAGGAAAGGAAAACAACCAGCAUCUUCAGCAAGCAUACCAGUUACUUAGAAAUGUUGCAGAAAGCAAGCCAGCGGUUGAUACGCCUGAAUCGUUUGGUUCUGAUUUAUAUGUUAUUUGUGCUGAGAUAGCCUUCCAGAAUGGAAUGCCUGACAUGGCAAGAGAAUGUCUCAAGAUGUACUUUAUGAAACCACCACCUGCCAACCAGUUCUUGUGCAGAGCUUAUUUAUGUCAAGCACAGCUAUUGGCUCCAAAGGAGGCCAACAACCCUGAGCAACUUGAAAAGGCAGUAGUUUACCUUGUAAAAGCCAUAUCAUUUGCCAAAAAGAACUCAAGGUACCAUUUCUUGGUAUACAAUGCCUCUGUACUGUACUGGCAGUUCUGUCGCCCUUUCCUGAAGCCCAACUAUCGCCAGUAUUUGGCAAGAAGUCUGCAUCAAGUAGUAAAGGCACUGGAUGACAUUGACGACAAAGAUUUUGAAUGGCGAGCACAGCUAAUGAUAGCCCUCAUGGAAUGUCACCUGGAUGCAGGAAGGAAAGCGGACGCCUCCAGUGUGGCAGGAGCAGCUGCCACCUUUAUCAAACAAAAUGUUCCCCAUCUGUACAAACAGGUCUUUGGGCUCAUUGUGAGAAACCAGCUGUUAGAUUCUGCCAAACUGCACAAGGAUGUGAAAAACUCUCCCGAGUUGUCUGUUUAUUACAAAAUUUUGAAACUCAAAGUAUCUUGUGACCUCAAUGAACCGCGGGAAUACUUCAGUGAAAUACAGUCCAUUCUGAAUCAGAUGGGUGUGGCCCACACCAGCACAGUCCAGCUGGAAACUCCAACUGGGAAAGGUUCAAAAUCCAAAUCUAUCCGGACUCACUCUCCCGGGGCAUCUAAGAUGGAGGAGUUAGAAAAAGACAGUUCUGAGUUAAGUCAACAAACUUUGAGUGACCACGAACAUUCUGAAGAGGAUACGAAAAGCCCCACCAAGGGAGCAGGGCGAAGGACCCCCACCCCUACCAGUACCAAGAGACUGGCCGCAGACAGCGCAGAUAAAACCGACUUGUCAGACGUAGAAAGACCCUACCUGCUUCUAGAGCUGGCCAGGUUUUGUAUUGAACUGGAGUUUCCUGAUCUGGCCCAAGACUGUGUGGACCAUAUGAAAACAUGCGUUGUUAAAGACCCCAGUUUUUACCUGGAGCUGGAGUUUCUACAGUGUGAACUGAUGGUCCGAAGCCUGGGAGAUAAACAAGAGAGCUUCAACAAGUCUGUCGUUGAUCUGAGACUGCAGGCCAUCAAGAGAUGUGAGGAGACCAUUAUGAAUGCCAUCAGACAAGGCGACCCCAAUGUGAUCCAGGCUGGCUGUGUGACCCAAUGGAACCUCAUCCUUGCGCUCUUACAGCCCAACCUCCGUAAACAUGUCCGCAAACCGCUCACCCUGCUGGCAGACGCUCUUGAAGACAUACAGAGUUUAUUGAUAAGCUUGAGAUGUCAGAUCCACACGGAGCUGGCCAAGUGUGAAGAGGACCAGGAGCAAAUCCAGGUGGCAAUGGAGCACCUUGUUAAGGCUCUAGCUCUGGAUGAUGGGGGUCUGUACAAGGAGAGACUAGAGGUUUCUCUACGCAGACUGGAACUACGAGCCCAGCUGUACAAGCAACCAGACAGGGCAGAGGAUAUAGCAGCCAUGAUAAUUGAACAGGCCCGCAAGGCGGACUCUGGUACAAUGAGAAUGAAGAGGUCGCUGCUGGUGAAGGUGGGGGAGGCGCUGGCCCCGGACGCCUUCCAGCUGGUGCUGGACAGCGAGAGUGACACCAAAGAGAAAAAAUUGGAUGAAAACAAAAAAGAUGUCACCGGAGGCAAAGCACCCCAGACGGCCAUUCAGAAAUUGGCCAACAAGGCUCGGCAGUUCAACAAAUGUGUGAGGAAAGCUGAGGGACACCUGAAGAGACUGGGGGAUGAAAAUGACAGGGAGAGAGUUGAAAAUGAUAGAGAACAAGCUCGACUUUGGGGUGACUUAGCCAAGACGGCCCGAAAACAGGAAGUAUGGGACGUGUGUCGUGUUGCUGCACGAUUCUGUCUUCUGUAUGAUGAUGGGCGAUGGAAAAAUGUUCCACCACCAAAAAUGGAAAGCCCAAAACCUGCUGAAAAAACCAAAACCCCGGCCCCUCCUGCGGAGCAGUCAUCCAUGUCUGCUGGCGGUGAAGUAGCACCCUCUACUGUUGAUAUGUCAGACAGGAAGAGCCGCAUGGUGACACAGCAGUCACAGCCGGGAAGUCGCCCCACGAGCCCCGACAGAAUGGUUCCACUUUACGACAAGGACCUCAUAAGAAUGCUCGCCGAAGUUGCUUUUAUUCAGGGGGAGGCCACAGUUCAUCUGUUGAGGACUGAGGGUGUACAAUUGAAUGACAUGCCUAUUCCACCAGUGGACAAAAGCAAGCGUCCCAAAGGCUAUGUCGCCAAGAAACCUGAAGAAGACCCAGACUGGAUUGAAUACUGUGACUGGAUCAAAUCGUUAUCUGCGGAUGCCACUCGGAGUUUCCUGCGUGGACUGGAACUGGGAGUGGAGCUAGAGGAGCCAUGGUUGGUCUGUAGUGCUGCUGCUUAUAUCUGGAACUACAACAACCAUGUCUUGACUCAGAGGAGGCACCGAGAGGUCAUGGACACUUUGACAAAGGUUGUGGAGGGCAUCAAGAAAGUGGGGCAUGAUGGAGAAACUAUGAUGUUGGUGAACAUCUGUGGAGCAUUGGCCUACGCCUUGAUGUAUCCCUGGAUUCCUGCAGAACCAGACAAAGAAAUGCAGGACCCCUCCUCCCCCUCCCCCACAGUGAGCCAGUCUCCUGCCGGCGGGAAAAAGGGGGGCAAGCCUGCCCCUCCUGCUGCUUCCCCGACCAAGGGAAAGGCACCCGCCCCUAGCACUCAGGUUACCAUCAGCCCCGAGGCCAUGCCGGAUCUGAAGAAAGCUAUCGAGGUGUGUGACUAUGCCAUAGAAGUGACCAAUGGGAGUAAGGAGGCCAAUGUCGUACCCAUUGGAGUGAGACAACCUCUCCUACAGACUUGGGUACUGGCCAAGCAGAUGGCACAACAACAGAUUCCCAAAACACUAGGAGCUGAUGAUGAGCCCUACUCUGAAGGUCAGAGGCAGAUGACUCGAGCUAUUGUAGCUGUGGAACUCCUGCACGUCUCCAAGAAUGGAAUCAUGGAGUUCAAGGAAACCCCCGCUGUCAAUGAGAUUGCCAACAUGAUAGAGGAGUGUAAGUGGUCAGACAAGUUUGUGGAGCUGCAGCUGUGGACCCGCCUGGCCUCCCUGUCCUAUCAGAGCAAGAACCACCAGCUUGUGGUGCGCUGCAGCAAGAAGGCACUCAGAUUCGCCACUGUUGGCACACAGCCAAAGAACAGGAAAAUGGAUGCUCAUCGCUAUUCGGUGGAACAAGAAAUGCUGUCCUAUGCUAGCGGAGUUCUAGGUCAGAGCCUCAUUGACAACAUGUCUGGCAAAAACGCCAUCAGACGAGAAGCCCUGGAAGCUUUCCUCAACAGUGCUAGAUUUGCCAGAAAUGCAGAAAAUUACGAUUUGGUGAUGACAGCUGUUCGUCACUACUGGAACGCAUCUCUCCCACUUGUCAGCCAGCCAAUAGAAAGAGAGCUUCUGAGAGAGCCAAUCAAAGUGAUGCUACAAUGUAUUACAGCCACAGCAGAGAAAGUCAAGAAGACAGAGGAGAAGACUGAAGAAGAGGAUGAGGAAGGAGGCGAAGAUGACCAAGGAGUAGAAACUGUCCCAGAGAAGCCGAAGAGUUCCACUAUAGGGAGUCCAGAGGAUGACCUGACUCUCAGGGCCUCCAUGUAUGGAGUGCUGUUCCAGUCCUAUGCUGACAAGAAACAAUGGGAAGAAGGGCUCCAAGCUAUGGAUCAAGCCAUUAAUGACAUGCCUCGCACCAAGCACAGGCUACUUAUAUUCAAGCACAGAGUCAUGACCAAAGCUAAACUAGGACGAAGGGUCAAUAUGGACAUCCAGAAAUUUAAGGAUGAAAGUGAGGACUAUGUGGCUCACAUGUGGAGAAGGGUAGCACUGAGCUCCAAGGAAACUCUGGAGCAACUUAUUUCAUACCAGGCGGCCAUCGAGGCACUUAAUAGUCCCAGUAAUGAGUGGCUUAAGGUGGAUUAUCUGUUGGAGUUUGGACAAUGGUUGUACUCCAAUGAGUUCCCCCUGCAGGACGCCAUCGAUCAGUUAGAAUGGGCGGUGGACAUUAUGCUGAACAUGAAGACGGAGACAGACCUCAAAAAGGAGGCAGAAGCAGCAUUGUCUUCAGUUGAAUCAAAACCUACUCCAAAGAAAGGGUCUGCCGGGAAACGUGGGAAAGGGGCUGCCAAGGGAAAAUUGGACAAGAAGAGGCCUGGCAAAGGGUCAGCUAAGGCAAAGCCAGCCCCACCCCCCACCCUCAGUAAAACACCCAUCCCUGCGGACAAAACAUCGGAUGUGGCCUCAGACACCAAGAGCGUGGUGAGCGAGACUGACAGUGAACUGGUGGCCGAGGGCAUCAUUCCAGUGGCUAAACAAGCUGUGAUUGGUGUGCUGCCAAACAACCCGGCCCUGACCAUUAACGACUUGGAUGAUGUCCGACAGAUCGAUGGAUUGUUCAGAGCCCACGUUCUGCUGGCCGAGCUUGCUGGGAGAUCCUCCCCAGACUACAACGACUAUCUUAUCCAGGCUCACACCUAUCUGAUGAGACUGUGGCAGAUCACUGUGCCAAAUUCUGGACCUGUCAUGAAAGAAAUUGCCAAGAACCCACCCCCAGCUGCCGACGACAAAAACGCUGCCUCUGCCAAGGGUAAAGGAAAGGGAGGUAAGGACGACAAGAAAGACCCAGUCAAAGAGAAGCCCAAGAGAAAAGGCCCACUGGACACUCUGCCCACAACAUUGGAGGAGUGGGCUCAGUUUGACAUUCCUGAUGAGGUUAUUGAAGCAUUCCAUCAUGAAAUGAUGAAGGUGACAGGAAUUAAUUCCCACACCAUUCAAAAACCAAUGCUGACCCUGUUUUACUUGGACAGCCUGGUGAGCUGCCUGAGGGACGUCGGCUACAAUCACCUGACCCUCCCUGUUCUGGCAUUCGAGGAUCUCCUGUCCAGGGACCUUCUCAAGAGUGAACCUCUCAACGUCCUUGUUCACUUCAAAGCUGCUGAAGUGUGUCUGGAGCUGAACUUGAAGAACGGAUACAGCUUCCAUGAGAAGACUGGAGGCCCUGUGUAUCUAAAUGAAGAACACCAGGCACUUUCAAGAGAUGAGAUAGCCCUGUGGAAGGAGAAACAGAUCCAGGUAGCCAGAGAAGAAGCUCGAGUGAAGGAGUCACUGGCCAAGCUAGCAGAGGAGAGCAAGGGCGGUCAGCUGACCAAGAGAGCAACCAAUCGGGGAGAGGCAUCGGUUGCAGAUACCAAGGAGGAGACAAUUGAGUCUCACCUGGGUAAAACUCUGGGUAAGAUCACCUACAGAGAUGUGUGGACAGAUACAGCUGAGCUGCUCAUAAGACAGUGCCACUACCAGAGUGCCAGAGAGUUCCUGAACGAAGCCAAUGAUGCAGCACUGGCUUUUGAGGACCGUGUUUUACAAGGAAGAAUAUUGUAUUUACUGGGUCAGCUCUCUCUGGAGGAAGCCCAGUACAAGCAGGCCUUUAAUUUGGCUGUAGAGGCUCAGAGUGCUUAUGAUGGAGAUGAAAUGUUCUGGUACAAGACUAGCAUGUUAAUGGUGGAAGCCACACUGAAAGACUAUGAGAACAGAAAAGGACAGAGAAUCGCCAGGGGGAUACUUGUCCACAGCAUCAAUGAGUUCCAGAGGAUCGCUGACGAGAGGCCGAACAGAACCAGUGUCAGUGUCUUCAUACUGGCCAUGCUGGAAGCCAAGCUUGCCAGUGUACAGACCCAAGUGAUUCUUAGUGGAGGCAAAGACAUCAAUGAUCCCAAAGUUAUGACCAAGUUGUUAGCAGCUUGUGAGAAAUUUGAGUCUUCCACUGAGAAGCUGAUCAAGCUGGGCUAUAAGAGAGAGGCGUUCCCGGUGAUGAGGGAACAUGCCAUGGUGCUGUGUAACAUGGCGCGGCACUCCAUAGAGAAGGAGAUCAUCCACACCUACUACCUCCAGUCCCUAAUGGUGCUGAAGGAGGGGGUCAAUGUGGCCGAGGAGACGUUCAGGGACACCCUGACCCUCACGUCUCUCCAGGAGGUGCGGAAUAUGAGUCUUCCAGUCCAGAGAGAGUUGGCCGACAUGUACAUCAAGUGUGGUGACGUCAUGCUCGAGAUGUUCCAAGUUCACGCCAAGGAAACUCGAGCCCAGCAGCUGGAGGAUCUCAGGAAGGGAUCGGUUGUCAAGAUGGUGGAAGAUUUCAUUAGAACAACUCCAAAGUUCUAUUCUCACAUGGAAAAGGAAUGGUUGGAUGUCACGAAGGUUAUUGGUGAGGAUGCCCUUCUGAAAUAUGUCUCUGCCCACAAUUUGUCUGGACACAUCCCUAAGCUGAGGGCCAGGACCCUGUGUGGGGUAGGGAAGUGUCUCCACGCCUUUGCUGUGUACGCCAGUCCAGACCCUCCCACCCAAUGGAUGGUGCAUGAAAUGGAGCUGAGUCGCAUUGAGCAUCCCGAGGACCAGAAAUCGGAGAAUGGGGAGGAUCCAGAGUCUAACCAGUUCCUCCGCUACACCAAACAGAUCAAGAAGAUCAAGAAACAUGAUGACAUUUGCCAUCAUUACCUGGCCCAGGCAUCUGAGGUGCUGGUCCAGGGACUGAAUGUGGCCCUACAGAACCACUACUCUGAUAUAGCGGGGAGUAUUUCACUGGAGCUGGUGGAGUGUUGCGGACAGUAUGACCCUCAGUCUGCCAGCCUCUUCCUGGCCCUGCAUCAGAGCUGUGCCACGUCAAUGGAGCUGGAACAACUGCUGAACAAGGCACAGAUGGAUCCAUACACGUCACGCUUGGCUGCACUGCUGCACCAGAGACAGGCGAUGCUGGACCGAGAGGUCAGCUUGAACCUGUCCGUCAGCGGAAUGAUGAACACCGUCCUACAGUCGCUGGACCAGAACUGGCAGGCGUGGAAGAAUCUGGAGAUUCAGACCAAUCAUCUUGAUCUCCUCAAGGACUUCCCACCUCACUUCAACUUCAUCCUUCUCCAACACUCGCCAGACAAGUCCUUCUUGUAUGGUGCUAUCUUGGACAGACCCAAAAACACUGCUUUGGGAGGAGGAGGUGGGAAAAACACUAAACAGCAGGCACCUCAAACACACAACAGGGCCAAGGUGUUUGGAGCAGAGACCAGUCCCCAGCUGCUGGAGGAACUCCUGGUCAAGUUCAAGGACCACCACCAGAGUGUGCAGACCCUGCUCCUGAAGCAGGAGUACCAGCGCUCCCAGGCCAUGAUGAGGCAGAAGAUGCUGGAAAAUCUGGACGAAAGUCUCAAGAAACAGACACAGCAUGAUCAUGGUGCAGAGGAUGAGGAAGAGGAGGCCAGACUUCAGGAUGAAUUCAAGAAACUCCUCAGAGACAUGGAGGCUUACCUCAAACCUCUCACCUCACAGCUUGUGGGACUUCUGACUCCCCCCGCGGUGACCCCCACUAGCACCGGUAAGGACAACAAAGGACAGAUAGAGGUGGCCCCCAAUGAGUACGUCAUCCUGCUGGCGGACUCCAUGCUGAUGCACAUGCCCCUGGAGGCCCUGGAAUUCCUACAGGUGGAGAAUGUGACCGCCAUGUGUAGAGACUUCUCUCUAUCUCUGUUCCACCAUCGAUUCUAUAAGGAUGAAGCAACAGAUACUCAGUUACAAGGAACUCGUAAAAAACAAAAACCAAAUGAAAGUAAAACGCCAACUAACUCCUCUCGUGCUGGGAAAAAAGUGGAGCCAGAACAACAAAAUGAGGAGAAGAAGAAACAGAAAGCUAAGAACCAGGACAAUCCUCUAUCCAGGAUUCCAGGCCUGAGGGACGCCAGCAAGAAACAGGCCAAGAUCAUUCCAUUACACAGAGAUCUCCAGCCCUGGCAUCACACAGUAGAUACCAUGAACUUUAGAUAUUUUGUGGAUCCACAUUUGGAUUGUGCUGAAACAGAACUGAAUAAGCCAAUUGAAGUAUUCAACAAGCUGAUGGAGGAGUAUGAACAACAGUUUACCCCCCGCUGGCUGGGAGUGGCAGGAGAUGACCACACCCCAAGUGUUGGUGAGUGGGAGAUCUACCUAACAGACAACAGCUCUUUCAUCUUCUACGGAAUGGAGAAGUUUAUCAACUACAUACCACCAGCUAAACUCUCAGCACUAAACAUUCCAGACUGUUCCAUGAUAUAUUUGCUGGAUUUGGCGGAAACUAGCAAGAGCUUCACACGGCAGUCCAAACUAGAUGUCAGGAAGAGUGAGAACUUCUUGUCCUUGGAGAAGCCUGUCGAGACUGCCAUGCUAGUUAGUGUAACUGGAGUGAAAUGUCUGAUGGCCAAUCAGUGGCACUGUACUUUGGCAGAAAAUGCAAACAGACUCAAAGUCUCUAUGAAAGAUUUAUUGGAGGGAGGUAAAACAACUGGAGAGUCAGUUCGCUUACUUUUCACUCCCCAUCAGAGAGUGCAACCAAAAACAGAGACAGAAAACGAGAAAGCCCCAACUCCGGAGAAAGAAGGAGCAGAGAAUCAAGGGACCGAACGCUCCGAUGACAUGAGACCUGACGAAAAAGAGAUCCAAUUGGAUAGAUCCUGGUACAAUAUGGUGUGCUAUGGAUUACCAAAUCUGAUGGUGGCACAGGUGUAAACAGGUGUUCUUUGGAGGAUGUGUAAACACAUGGUGCUUUACAGAGGAGAAAAAUAAGAAUGGAUUUUUUGGAAACUAGAUAUUUGGGAUCUAUCACCCCGAUAAAGAAAAGAGAAAUUGUGAAGGAAGUUGAGAAACCUGACUGUGAUAUAUUUAUUCUGUUUUAAACAACUUUCAGUUCUUAUUUUUUUUUCAAAUGAUUGAACUUUUUGAUAUAUAUAUUUCCGUCCAGAUAUGUUUUCUAAUUGUUGUUUUGUUGAGUUUCUGAAUCUAUUUAACAAAUGUAGAAUUUCACAUAAUUAUGACUUUGUUUUAAUUUUUCAAAAUUACUGUAUAAUAAAUCUGUUACUUAAAAUGGGUUUUUCUUU